UGCGUUGCUUAAGUUGUGGGGCGUACGUACGCACACAAGAUGGCUCCGGAUGUAAGUGGGAAACCUCUCGAAACGAAGGCGAUUUUAGCCCGAAUUCGGUGUCUACAAGCAGGCAUCGAAAGCAUCAGGAACGCCACCCCACUCCCAAAAGCCCUGUGCUACGUUCCAGGUGAGAUCCAGUUCAAGAUUCACCCGAGUUUUGUGGCCAGAGCAGCGCGCGCUAACAGCGGGACUCGUGGGCGAACACCGCCCAAAUCACCGCGGGUAAAGUUGACCGUGUACGCUGAACCGAACAAGGAGUGCCCGGCGGAUCAGCAACGACAUGUCUACUGCGGUAAAUCGGCCAAAAUCGUCGGCACGGGAGAAGAAAUGUGCAACAAUUUUGGAAGUUGGAUAAGACUGAGUUUACAAAGUUGUCCAGACAAACUGAAUGCGUUUGAUGGCAAACCCGGCUGGCUGUUACGCUACGAUAGCAAAUCGAGUCAAGACGAUCCUCCACUUCUCAUUCCAAUCACCGAAGAGGAAAUCAGUGAACAGCGACAAAUGGUCUUUGGGAAGCAACAGAAGGUCAUCACAAAGUGGCUAGAUGUUGUGGAGGAAACCCUCAUGCUCAAGCUCGGAGCGAUGCGCAAAAUUGCCCCGCCAGACGAGGGCGCCGUUGAAGCGCUCCUGACCGUGCCGCCCAACUGGAGUCUAGAGUGCGACGAAGAGUUAGCCAGGUUCUUAUUUGAGAAGACGGUGCACAUUGACGAGUUGCUGGGAAGUGCCAAGCAGUACGUGGAAUCAGUGGAGGUUUCAUCGGCAGCGGAUGAGGAUGAAGACGCAAGAUGUUUAACUGACGGAGAUGAGGAUACGUACUGGACCAGUGAUGGCACGAAUGGACGACAUUGGAUUCGUCUCAACAUGAAGAGAGGAACCAUUAUCUCGAAGCUGUAUAUCAUUGUGGAUAAGGACGACGACAACUUCAUGCCGGGUCACAUCAUCGUCAUGGGAGGCCCCCUGGAAAAUCUCAAGAAACUCAACGAUGUCAACGUCGACUUUGAGUACUCUGGCGAUGUUUGCGUCUUGGAGCAAAUGAGUCAACACUAUCCCGUCAUCGAGAUCAGAAUCAAGUCUUGCCAAGACGAUGGGAUCGACUGUAGGAUCCAUGGGAUUAAGAUUAAAUCCACCAUGGAGGGUCACCUCGGCCUGAACAAAGACAUCUUCACCGACACUGAGCUAGUCAGGUACCCCAGACUUGAGAAUGUUGCGAAGGACCACCUGUAUCGUCGAGCGCUGGCCCUUAAACGUUUCAUCACCCUCUUGGACGGAGUGAUACAUUUCAUCGUCCCGGCCUGGGAGCAUACGGUGGGCUCCUUUGGAUCCUUGGAGGUGGUCCGUCAACUCUUGCCUCUCUCCAAGAGGAGGAACGCGCUCAUCAUGCACUUCUUGAAGGCGUCAGAGAGCAGUCCUCCACAGUCGAUUCCCAAGCUGUGCAUCAAUCGAAGGAGUGCAUCGGAUCAUAGGAGCGACCCGUCUAAGGACCCUACCUGCAAGAAUGCCAUCUUCACUCAAAUUUACGAAGGUCUGAAGCCCAAGGAUCGCGGUGAGAAAACGCUGGACUACCGAUGGUCAGAAAGCUACAGUCAGUGGUGGGAAUGUAAAUUCCUGUCAGAAGGAAUCAUCGACCAAGGUGGUGGAUUCCGAGAUAGUUUAGCCGAUAUCGCUGAGGAGUUGUGCCCAGUUGGUGGGGAGCAGCCCGUUCCACUGCCAUUCUUCGUCAGAACUCUUAACCAGCGUCUUGACAACUCCAACGUUUACCGCGACAUGUACGUGCCAAACCCUUCCUGUAAGCUGUUCGCCAAAUAUGAGUGGAUCGGACUGCUGAUGGGAGCGUGUCUACGAAGCAAGGAACAUCUUGUUUUAGCUCUGCCAUCAUUCAUCUGGAAGCUUCUUGCUGGCGAAAGAGUAACGUGGACUAAAGAUUUCAAAACGGUUGACGAUGCCGCUGUCAAACUGUUGGAAUCCUUCCAACGCAUGGACAAGGAGACCUACGAAGCCAACUUUGCCAGUGAGCUGACCUUCACCACGAUGCUGAGCGACCAAUCAGAGGUGGAGCUGGUCACUAAGGGGUCAGAGGUCAAUGUGACGUACGAGGACAGGCUGGAGUAUUGCCGAUUGGUGCAGGCCGCGAGGAUGGACGAGAACAAAGAACAGGUUGAGUCUAUGCGUCAAGGCUUACUGCGCGUCGUCCCGCAGGCCGUACUUGACCUUUUGACCUGGCAGGAGUUGGAGAAGAAAAUCUGCGGCGAUCCGGAGAUCAGCGUAGCGGCGCUGCGCAAGACGACGUUCUUUGAGGAUCUGGGACAGUCGGACACGAGAGUCAAGUAUCUGUGGGAGGCAAUGACGAACUUCACCAAUGAGGACAGAAGUCGUUUCUUGAGGUUUGUGACCGGUAGACGUCGCCUCCCGACACCACUCUACAUUUGCCCUGGCAGGGGUGAGAACACAGAUUCCUUGCCAGAAUCCUCCACAUGUUCCAACACGCUGUUCUUGCCGAAUUACUCCAGUGCGAAGUUAGCGGAGGAGAAAUUGAGGUAUGCAGCUUACAACUGCGUGGCCAUCGACACCGAUAUGAGCCCGUGGGAUGAAUAAUAAAGCCGAGGCAAUCUCGUCCGUCAUGUCAGAAUCAACAUCUCUACAUUAGAACCACUGACAGCAAUGGACUGUGUGCGUGAACAAAGAGGGCGCUCCAUAGCCUAACAAGGCAGGCUAUGGCUUAGACAUUUCACUGGUUCGCAGGCACUUUAUGUUAUACAUAGUCAAUUUGGCAUUUACCAGGGAAGGCAGGGCUUAGCCUUAACAAAAGUAUAACCUUAAUAUGCACGGGUCUGUUGGAGCUUGCCCUGCAACAAUUAGUAUUGCAUAAAAUUAGAGAAACUGAAAUCAAAGCAAGGUAUUACUUUAUGUAAUGC